AUGAGUUAUAUAAAAAGACUGAUUCUUUUUAUGUUACUGUUUUAUUCACAUGUAAAAAUUAAAAAAUUAUUUAUUAAAAUUUCUAAUGUAAACAUAUUUUUUGCAGAAGCAAAGAAAAAUGGAAAAAAGGAAUUCUUUCUUUUUUUACUAAAUAUAAAAAAAAAUAGCCAACAGAAAAAAAAUUAUCAUAUUACCAAAAGGAAUACCAUAAAUAAAAGUGAUUUUUUAUAUUCUUUACUAAAUGAAGAAGGGAAUCCUUCAAAAAAGGAAUAUAAAAAUUUAAAAGAUGAAGAAAAAUAUAAUAUCAUACAAAAUAUAAAAAAAUAUUGUGAAUGUACUAAAAAAUAUAAAAGGCUCCCAACACGAGAAGUAGUUAUUGGAAAUGUUAAAAUUGGAGGAAAUAAUAAAAUAGCUAUUCAAACUAUGACUAGCUGUGAUACAAGAAAUGUAGAAGAAUGUGUAUAUCAAAUUAGAAAAUGUAAAGAUUUGGGUGCUGACAUUGUAAGGUUGACUGUUCAAGGAGUUCAAGAAGCACAAGCUAGUUAUCAUAUUAAAGAAAAAUUAUUAUCUGAAAAUGUAAAUAUCCCAUUAGUAGCAGAUAUUCAUUUUAAUCCUAAAAUAGCUUUAAUGGCAGCUGAUGUGUUUGAAAAAAUUCGAGUGAAUCCAGGAAAUUAUGUUGAUGGAAGAAAAAAAUGGAUAGAUAAAGUUUAUAAAACUAAAGAAGAAUUUGAUGAAGGGAAAUUAUUUAUAAAAGAAAAAUUUGUACCAUUAAUUGAAAAAUGUAAAAGAUUAAAUAGAGCAAUAAGAAUUGGAACAAAUCAUGGAUCUCUUUCAUCUCGAGUAUUAUCAUAUUAUGGAGAUACACCAUUAGGUAUGGUAGAAUCGGCUUUUGAGUUUUCUGAUUUAUGUAUUGAAAACAAUUUUUACAAUCUUGUUUUUUCUAUGAAAGCUUCUAAUGCUUAUGUUAUGAUACAAUCUUAUAGAUUAUUAGUAUCUAAACAAUAUGAAAGAAAUAUGAUGUUCCCUAUACAUUUAGGAGUUACAGAAGCAGGAUUUGGUGAUAAUGGAAGAAUAAAAUCUUAUUUAGGUAUAGGAUCUUUAUUAUAUGAUGGUAUAGGAGAUACCAUUCGUAUAUCUUUAACAGAAGAUCCUUGGGAAGAGUUAACUCCUUGUAAAAAAUUAAUUGAAAAUUUAAAGAAAAGAAUAUUUUAUAAUGAAAAUUUUAAAGAAGAUAAUGAAUUAAAAAAUAAUGAAAUGGAUACCAAAAACCUAUUAAAUUUUGAAGAAAAUUAUCGAAAUUUUAAUAAUAUAAAAAAAAGAAAUGUAGAAAAAAAUAAUAAUGUAUUACAUGAAGAGUGCACUAUAGGUAAUGUAGUAACCAUAAAAGAGUUAGAAGAUUCUCUUCAAAUUUUUAAAGAUUUAAAUUUAGAAGUAGAUUCAAAUGGAAAUUUGAAAAAGGGAGCCCAAACAACUGAUAUGGUUAUUAUAAAUGAUUUUCAUAAUAUAACAAAUUUAGGAAAAAAAACUGUGGAUAAAUUAAUGCAGGUGGGAAUUAAUAUAGUAGUACAAUAUGAACCACAUAAUAUAGAAUUUAUAGAAAAAAUGGAACCAAAUAAUGAUAAUAAUAAUAAUAAUAAUAUAUUAUUUUAUGUGGAUAUAAAAAAUAUUAUGAACAGUUCAGAAAAAAAUAUUAAAUUAAGUAAUUCUAAAGGAUAUGGAUUAAUUUUAAACGGAAAAGAAGAUAUACAAACCAUAAAAAAAAUAAAAGAAUUAAAUCCUCGUCCUUUAUUCAUUCUAUUAAAAUCAGAUAACAUAUAUGAACAUGUAUUAAUAACCAGAAGAAUAAAUGAACUUUUACAAUCCUUAAAUAUAAAUAUACCUUAUAUACAUUAUGUUGAUAUUAAUUCAGACAAUUAUGAUGAUAUAUUAGUUAAUUCAACAUUAUAUGCAGGAAGUUGUUUGAUGGAUUUAAUGGGGGAUGGUCUUAUUGUUAACGUAACUAAUGAUGUUCUUACAAAUAAAAAAAAGAUAGAAACAAAAUAUGAUGAAAAAGAAGAAGUAGAGGAAGAGGGAAACAAUAAACAUAUUCAUAGACUUUUGAGCAGAGUUGCAUUAAAUUCAUUUUUAACAUUAAAUAUUUUACAAGAUACAAGAAUACGUUUAUUUAAAACAGAUUAUAUAGCUUGCCCAUCUUGUGGAAGAACUUUAUUUAAUAUACAAGAAACUACUAAAAAAAUUAUGAAAUUAACAGGGCACUUAAAAGGCGUCAAAAUUGCAGUCAUGGGAUGUAUUGUUAAUGGCAUAGGAGAAAUGGCAGAUGCACAUUUUGGUUAUGUUGGUAGUGCACCUAAAAAAAUUGAUUUAUAUUAUGGUAAAGAGUUAGUAGAAAGAAAUAUACCUGAGGAAGAAGCUUGUGAUAAAUUAAUAGAAUUAAUUAAAAAACAUAACAAAUGGAAAGAUCCAUAA